GCUCUGAUCUUCCUUGGCAAAUUCCCGCACCGUGGACACCAUAGUGGGUUAGAUAGAUCCAAGGGAGCGCGCCGGCAUGGACGAGGAGGAGCACGAGGUUUACGGCCAGGAGAUCCCGGUUGACGGCGACAUGGAAGGCGGCGACGUCGACAUGACCACCGGCGGAGACGACGCAGCGAAGGAGCUCGAUGAGAUGAAGCGUAGGCUCAAGGAGAUGGAGGAGGAGGCCGCGGCCCUUCGCGAUAUGCAGGCCAAGGUUGCCAAGGAGAUGCAAGGAGGUGAUGCUAAUGCAUCUACUGCUGAGGCAAAGGAGCAAGUGGAUGCUCGCUCUGUUUAUGUUGGAAAUGUUGAUUAUGCAUGUACACCAGAGGAAGUACAGCAGCAUUUUCAAGCUUGUGGAACUGUCAACAGAGUGACAAUCUUGACUGACAAGUUUGGACAGCCAAAAGGAUUCGCUUAUGUGGAAUUUCUCGAGCAGGAAGCUGUCCAGGAAGCUCUUAAUUUGAAUGAAUCCGAACUGCAUGGUCGUCAGAUCAAGGUGUCACCAAAGAGGACUAACGUCCCAGGGAUGAAGCAGCGUCCACCACGCGGGUUCAAUCCAUACCAUGGUUACCCAUAUAGAUCAUAUGGGGCACAAUAUUUCCCGCCGUAUGGUUAUGGGAGAGUUCCCAGAUUUCGCCGGCCUACGCGCUACAGGCCGUACUUUUGAAGUAUUGAGGUCUCCAGGAAGCAACGCAGUGUCAACGUCACUCCGCAGAAUAAUUUCACCAGCUGCUCUUUUAACUAUAUUAUUAUGGUUGACUAGUAGACAGACAUAAUUCCCUUGAGCUCGAUCUGUACCGUUGGCUUGCAGUACCCAAAACACAUGAUCAAAUUAAUUAUGUGAUAUUCUGUGCGACGUAC